AGGAAUGGGUGCGGGAGAAGUGCUCUGCACAGUGCAUCACGUCAGCGAUAGAGGAAGCAGUCUCUUCACUCCUCCGAUCACACGUCUACACCACCCCUUCCAGUCAUCCAUUGAAGCGCAUCACCGUCCAGAGAGAUGGCACACCACCAGACCGUGUAUCAGACUAUCAAUCCUGCCAAUGGGCAGUUGAUCAAGACCUUUCCGACAACAACAGACGAGCAAGUGUUCGCCGCGCUCGACAGGGCCCAUGAAGUCUAUCAGAAAGACUGGCGUCGCCGAUCCGUGGGCGAUCGCUGCAAAAUCAUGAGCAAGGCUGCGGCCUUGAUGCGUGAGCGCAAACAGGAACUGGCAGAGCUCGCAGUGCUGGAGAUGGGCAAAACCAUCGGCGGUAUGCUGGGUGAGGUCGAGUUCUCUGCCGCCAUUCUGGACUAUUACGCCAACAACGGGGAGAAGUUCUUGCAGACUAUCGACCUACCUGGCGUUCCAGGGGCGGUCAUUGCUUCCGAGCCCAUCGGGGUGAUCCUAGCCAUUGAGCCGUGGAAUUUCCCUUACUACCAGGUCGCUCGUGUAGCCGGUCCUCAAAUCGUCGCCGGCAACCCAGUCAUGCUCAAACAUGCACAGAGCGUGCCACAGUGCGCGAUCGCCCUUGAGAAGCUCUUCGUCGACGCCGGAGCACCAGCGGGUGUUUACACCAACCUAUUCUGUUCCAUCCCUCAAGUCAAUGCCCUUAUUGCCGACUUCCGCAUCCGGGGCGUUACCCUUACAGGCAGUGAACGAGCCGGCGCGUCGGUGGCUGAGCAAGCUGGUCGCCAUCUCAAAAAAGCCGUGCUAGAGUUAGGAGGUUCAGAUCCGUUAGUUGUCCUGGAGGAUGCACCACUCGAUCAAGCCGUCGAGGUAGCAGCUGCCGGCCGUAUGAUGUGUAUGGGUCAAGCUUGUGCCUCCAUUAAGCGAUACAUCGUUGUGGGAAAGGAGCGGGGCCAGAAAUUCCUCGAGGGCGUCAAGACAAAGUUUGAAGCAAUGAAAGCCGGUGACCCAAUGGACCCAGCAACAACGCUUGGUCCUCUGGUCUCCGAAACCGCCGUCGAGAACCUCGUUAGUCUCAUCGACGAGGCCAAGGCUGCCGGCGCCACCGUGGUCAUGGGUGGAAAGCGGAUUGACCGUCCAGGCUACUACCUUGAGCCGACUCUUAUCACAAACGUGUCUCGAGACAACCCGUUGUUCAUGAAGGAGGCAUUUGGUCCUGUGGCUACCCUGUACGUCGUCGACACCGAAGAGGAGGCUAUCGAGGUCGCCAACGCCACAACGUUUGGCCUGGGUUCGUCGGUAUUUUCCGCCAACAUAGAGCACGCAAAGAAAGUUGCGACAGAGAUCGAGGCGGGGAUGGUCUUCAUCAAUUCAGCCGUCAAUUCUGGCCCAGAUGUGCCAUUUGGUGGUGUGAAGAAUUCAGGUUUUGGGCGGGAGCUGAGCGAGCUCGGUAUUCAGGAGUUCUUGAACAAGAAGCUAGUCCGGGUACAUCAGAACUGGCUUUGAGCAAAUAAAGCUGCUCGCUUUGGAAAUUGGUAAUUCAUGCGCAAGUUCGACAUUUAGUUACGAGGCAGAUCAAACCUUUGUGCUUUUCCCACAUGAUGCACACAGUAGGAAUGCAUGAUA